AUGAGAACUUGCCAAUCAGGCCUCAAGAGACACCAUCAGUCGUUCGCACAGGGGCUACUGAUCCUGAUGGACUCUAUCGAACCUUUCAUGACGAAGAACUCACCACGUCAUGAGCGGUCAGUAGGUGGUGGCGGGCCGCAAGAAACGCGGCCGUUGAUCAAAGAUCUCCGGCCGUUCCUUGGGCAAUGUCCGCACCUUUCCUCGCCAAAUGACGACAGGGCGUUCAGAACGAACGGAAGCGGGUGGUGUGGUUGGUGCCACACGAAGAGAAGUAGGACGCGGAGCGUCCAUUGUCUCUUCAAAAGCUUUUGGUUUGCUGCAGAAACAACCCAUCUUGGAUGA